AUGGUGAUCUGGCUCGGACAUGGAGGAAAUGCAUGCCCAUGGGAUGAUGAUGUAGGGGAGUCAGCUCUGUUCACUACAGGGGAAGGAGAUUCCGACGAUACGGAUGCCGAGAGCAUAUUGAAUGAACCAAAUGCCGAGCAGAGCACAAAGGAGGCCCAUGACCUACCGACCGGCGUGCCAUUCAUUAAGAGCAACAAGGCCAUGACAACAAUAGUCGACAAAUCCGGAGUACAUACCCACAUCAUCAAGUAUUGCACAUGUCCAGAGGCUGACACCACCGAUAUACAGUUGUUUAACAUGGGUUUGUUUCCAGCGUCAUUCAUAGAACCAAAGACAGCAUUUACCUUUGAUGUCUUGAACGACUUCUUACUCGACAACCUGGAGUGCGGGACUUCGGCAAUGAAUUAUUACAGCAAGUUAAAGAGGAUGACCACAAGCAUCUUUCCUCACUUGGUGCUGGACCGUUACCGGGAGCUCAUGAGGGUGGCAAGACAAUGGCGGAAGUUGAAGCUCCUGAAGUGGAAUGGCUUCGGCCAUGAGGACAAGGAAGCAGGCACCACCGAGGACAUCGAUGCUAACAAUGGAUCUGGUCGAGAGACUCCAAGUUGGUUAUACACAAGAUCGCUUGUCAUGGACGGAAACUUCAAAGCUGAGCAUCUUCAUGCCACAAAUCCCGCCGAUGAAGUGUCUCUCAUGGAUGGUCGUGGCUUCAUGGUUGGCGAUGCCUUGUACAAGGAGCAUUUGGCCAUUGCCAAGGAUGCCGUGCAACAACCACCACGUGAUUUUCAGAAGGGAGAAAGACAGAUGAAUAUGGAUUAUGCGCUGUGUGAGGCGUUGAAACUCAACGCCGAGGGCAUCUGCCGUGUAUUGACCUUCUAUGAUGUGAACUGUCAGUAUCAUAAGCACCUCCAGGACCGCAUCGCCGACAGUCCAUUGCUGAAGAUGCAUGACGAGCUGGAAAUCACCCCAGCAUCGGACUAUGGCAUGUCCAUGGCCAUCAAGACAGCUGCUAUGUCAGAUAUGCUUCCAAUUUCAUACAAGGCGCAGCCAGGAUUGACAAAUGACAGAGACCGUACAGGCAAAUCGCUUUGCCGAAAAUACAAGGAAGCUAUGAAAGGGGUCGCCGACAGCAACAUGGCAUUUGAGCAGCUUGAUGAGACCGCUGAUGCCGAUAAAGUCAAAGAUUGGGAGGCCCAAGAGAGGUUGGCACAUGAACAGCAGCGCCAUGAUCCAACAGCAAUGGACAUUUAUGAAGUUCAACUGCGCAAAGCGCCGACAAGAAAACAGCAAGAGGUAAGGUUGUUAAUGGUGCAAGGCCGGCGGCCUGGCGAGGUGCGCUGGAGAGGUGCGGCAACAUGGCUGGCAGAGGGCCUUGCUAUCGAGGAAGCCCAGGUCACGCUGCAGAUGGAUGAAUUAGGCAACAAUGACAUGCAGAUCAUGCAACCAGAUCUGUUAAUACUUCAAGAAGACACUGAAGAAGAUAUGGACGCCGAGCUUAGAGCGUUUGAGCCGGAAAAGGGGGUGAUUCCUUUGCCUUCCAAUUUGGGGCUAGAGAAAUGUGUGGCCCUCGGCAUUGCUGAUAUCGCCGAUCAGGAACUCACGCUCCGGCAAGGUCAGGUGAAUGAUGCCCUGCACCACAUCAGGGUGCAUUUGGCUGACAAGGUGGUCAUUUUCCGGAAGACUGUCAGAGUAGCAAAAUCACAAGCAUUGUCUACCAGAGCUUGGGCUCAAGUUCAUUCAGUGGACAGGGUGGUCAGCAUCAAUGCAAGUAUCUAUUCAAAAUGCCGAUCACAAUUAUGCAGACUCGGCGCAGACGAUGCACUGCUCAAGAGAUACCAACCGUUGACAAGGGAGCAUCUCAAGGUCAGUACUGCCGUCACCGAUCCAAAUUCAAGAGGGCAGAGGAACAAUGUGUUAGCUUGGUUUUGGUCAUUGGAUGUCGAAGGGGACUCCAAUAGCAGUGACUGGCUGAAUGAGUUUUACCGUGUUCACUGGCUUCAUGCCAAGGCUAUGAGAGACCGAUGGGCAGAAGAGUUGUUGCUUGUUCAGCAUGAAAUGGAUUGGACAUGUAACUUUUUGCUUCAGAAGGCCGAUGAAUGGAUCUGUCUCGGUGCCAUCUCAAAGCUAGCCCAGAAGCAUGGUCAUGUGGCGUACUCGGAGAGGCGGUGCAAAAUUUAUCAAUGUCUGUUCAGAGAGGCGAGAGAUUCAUUCAACCAGGCGAAGGCUGCAUGGCCGCCGGUGUAA